AUGUGUGAGUGUAACAUAUAUCUUACCUUUUGUUGUUGUUACAGAAAGCUAGCUGGCCGAACGCUCUUCAUAACGGGAGCUUCGAGAGGCAUCGGUAAAGCGAUCGCACUGAAAGCCGCCCAAGAUGGAGCGAAUGUUGUGAUCGCGGCCAAGACGGCCGAUCCGCAUCCAAAACUUCCCGGCACAAUCUACACAGCGGCAAAGGAGAUCGAAGCCGUUGGCGGUAAGGCACUUCCUUGCGUGGUGGAUGUACGCGACGAAGGAGCCGUUCGGACCGCCGUCCAGAAUGCUGUGGCCAAGUUCGGUGGCAUCGAUAUCGUAAUCAAUAAUGCCAGUGCAAUCUCACUUACACCCACGGAGCAAACCGACAUGAAGCGGUACGAUCUGAUGCAUCAGAUCAACACCCGCGGCACGUUCCUGGUUUCUAAAGAAUGCAUUCCGUACCUGCGCAAGAGCAACCAUGCACAUAUUCUGAACAUUUCGCCUCCGCUAAACAUGGCCCCACACUGGUUCAGCAAUCACGUCGCUUACACGAUGGCCAAGUACGGCAUGUCAAUGUGUGUGCUCGGCAUGGCGAAGGAGUUCGAGAGCGCCAACAUUGCCGUCAAUGCUCUCUGGCCCCGGACGGCUAUCCACACAGCAGCGAUGGAGAUGCUGACGGGCAAGGAAAGUGACCAGUUCUCGCGUAAACCGGAUAUCAUGGCCGACGCUGCUUAUGCCAUCCUCUCGAAGGAACCCCGCGCGGUCACGGGCAAAUUCCUGAUCGAUGAUGAGGUGCUCAAAGCGGAAGGCAUCACCGACAUGAAGCAGUACGCUUGUGUGCCCGAGAAUGCCGACAAACUGAUGCCGGACUUUUUCCUCGACGUGGAACCGGAAAAGCUGGUGGAAUUUGCAGCCGAAGGUAGUCAUGCGGCUUCGUUGAAAAAACCGGCGGCUGCGGCCGGUGGCAAAAUUGAAGGGCUGUUCCUUAAGAUCGAAAGUCUGCUCAGUGAAGAGAUCGUGCGCAAGACGGGAGCUGUGUACGAGUUCAAGGUCAAGGGUGACGAGGCCGGUACGUGGUUUGCCGAUUUGAAGAAUGGAACCGGAAAGGUGGGCAAGGGUAAUCCACCGGCCACGGCCGAUGCGGUGCUGACGAUGGAUUCUAAGCAUUUCUUCGACAUGUUUACGGGCAAGCUGAAGCCGGCGAAUGCAUUUAUGACAGGCAAGCUGAAGAUCUCGGGUGAUCUGCAGAAAGCGAUGAAGUUGGAAAAGUUGAUGGGAGGUUUGAAGUCCAAGCUCUAAGCGAGAAAGGA